UGGCGCCCACCUAAGGCGGUGGGGGAGGUGUCUGGGCUCAGCAUGCCGGCGCGGCGGCGCGGCGGCUCCUCGCUGGUCGCAGGCCUUUUUGUGCUCUCCGGAUGGUGCCAGAAAUCCAGUAACCAGAGGGAUUUUUGACUCUUCUACCAUAAAAGAGAUAUUAAUCAUCUUUCUGAAGUACAAUCUCCAUGGCCUGAACUUUUUUUGAAAAUCAUUUUGAGCAAAGUAUUUGUUUAAUAACAAGAUAACCACAUCAAGAUGGUUGGAAAACUGAAGCAGAAUUUACUAUUGGCGUGCCUGGUGAUCAGUUCUGUGACAGUAUUUUACUUGGGCCAGCAUGCCAUGGAAUGCCACCACCGAAUAGAGGAACGUAGCCAGCCAGCCAAAUUGGAGAGCACAAAAGCCACCGUGCGAACCAGCCUGGACUCUAAAGCCAAUAAAACCUUUGCCUAUCACAAAGAUAUGCCUUUGAUAUUCAUUGGCGGUGUGCCUCGGAGUGGGACCACACUCAUGAGGGCCAUGCUGGACGCACACCCUGACAUUCGCUGUGGAGAGGAGACCAGGGUCAUUCCUCGGAUCCUGGCCCUGAAGCAGAUGUGGUCGCGGUCCAGUAAAGAGAAGAUCCGCUUGGAUGAGGCUGGUGUCACUGAUGAAGUGCUGGACUCUGCCAUGCAAGCCUUCUUACUAGAAAUCAUCGUGAAGCAUGGGGAGCCAGCCCCGUACUUAUGUAACAAAGAUCCCUUUGCCCUGAAAUCCUUAACUUACCUUGCCAGAUUGUUCCCCAAUGCCAAAUUUCUCCUGAUGGUUCGAGAUGGCCGGGCAUCAGUGCAUUCAAUGAUUUCUCGGAAAGUUACUAUAGCUGGGUUUGACCUGAACAGCUACAGGGACUGUUUGGCCAAGUGGAAUCGUGCCAUAGAGACGAUGUACAACCAGUGCAUGGAGGUCGGUUACAAAAAGUGCAUGUUGGUCCACUACGAGCAGCUCGUCCUCCAUCCUGAGCGGUGGAUGAGGACCCUGUUGAAGUUUCUCCACGUCCCAUGGAACUACUCAGUGCUGCACCAUGAGGAGAUGAUCGGGAAGGCCGGGGGAGUGUCGCUGUCAAAAGUGGAAAGAUCUACAGACCAAGUCAUCAAGCCAGUCAAUGUGGGAGCUCUGUCAAAAUGGGUGGGGAAGAUCCCUCCAGAUGUCUUACAAGAUAUGGCAGCGAUUGCACCCAUGCUUGCCAAAUUGGGGUAUGACCCUUACGCCAACCCACCCAACUACGGGAAGCCGGACCCCCGGAUCCUCGAGAACACCAGAAGGGUCUACAAAGGAGAAUUCCAGCUACCUGACUUUCUGAAGGAAAAACCCCAGACGGAGCCUAUGGAGUAGCAGGGCCUGGAACCUCCUUCACACCUCGAGGGAGCUGCGGAGCCCAGCGGAGCCCAGGCGGCCGGCCGUCUCCUGUGCACUCCAGCCCCUCCUGCCAAGGGCAGGUGUCCGCUCCUGUGGAUAAGGAGCCAGGGGACAGUGCCCUCAGUUAGCCCUACUCUUGUCCUCAUUUUUUCUUAACAGAUUCCAAACUUCGUUUUCAAGGGGAGGGUUUAAAAAUGGUAUUCUGUAAGCAAAAUGGGCAGUUUCAUUUUGGGAUAGGUUGUCUGUACUUGGUCCAAUGUUUCGUAGAACACUUGUGCCUGUUUAAAUGUAUUGAUGUGGAUAAUAUUAAAUAUCUUAAUUAUUUAAGUAAUUCAUUGUAUUGUUUCUGAGAAGUUGGGAAAUUACCGUAUACAUUUACAACUUAAUGACUUUUGUAUUUUAUUUUUCAAAAUAAAAGCUUUUAAUGUGGAGCA